AUGGUCUCUGAACUCUGGAAAGCUUCCUCGGAGGGUGACCUCGCCCGAGUGAAUCACCUUUUGCUCGAGGCCACCGUUGCCGAUAUCGAGAUCAACGGUGCCGACCCUAAUCACGCGUCGAGUCAAGGCCUUCCCCCGCAGUACACGUCAGACCCUGCCAUCGUGGACCUUCUCCGCGCUGCCGCCGCCAAAACGCAUUCCGAGGCUUUCCAGGCCCAACCCAUCUACCCUCAUGACCCCAACGUCGACCCUACCAAGGGAUACUAUUUACCUCCGCCGGGCCCUUACGCGUACUAUCCCGGCAUGCCCAUUCCGCCUCUUCCCGAAGGCGCCAUUCCUUACUAUCCCCACCCCCCACUACACCCCGCGGAUGACCAGCACCCCCAGGGCGGGCUUGUCUCGAAUCUCCCUCCACCGGAAAUUGCUCGCCUGAUUCCCUGCAGGUAUUUCCCCGCAUGCCGCUAUGGCGCGUCUUGCAUGUUCGCCCAUCCCCAGGGCCCUUACUUUCCAGGUCCUGUCCCUCCUCCCGCCCAAUACCCUACCCAUUACGACCCUAUGAACUCCCACCCCUACCCACCCAAUUUCUAUCCUAUGCCACCCCCACCGCCUUUCCAGCAGGCUAAUGCCAUGCCACCCCCUCCUCUCAUGACCCCCAUCUCCCCCCAGAACGGGCCGCAAUCGGCGCCUCCGAUGGCUCACGCACGUUCAGGGUCAGACGUCCUUUCGCCUCUGCAGGGUCCUUACAGCGCGUCGGGCGUUCCAACUCCUAGUUCUAUGCCGUAUGGCGCGAUCUCCCCAGUCUCUCCGUCCUACACACACACCGGCCCUCUUGCCCUUCCACUCUCUGCGAACCAACAUCCUCCUGUCAACGGCGGCCCUCAGUCGCCAGUGUAUCCACCUCCCGGUCCUUCCGGUCCCAACUAUGAUCCUCGUCGGGAUUCAAUCGGUCAAUACCCUUCUGCACAGCCCGCACAACGUGUCCUGUCAGAACCGAAUGGGAUGCAGAAAUCGCCGCCCCUCCACGUUCCCGAAAACUUCGGUCCUGGAGGUCAUCGCGAUGGUAUGGGACAUCACCGCCGAGGGAGCUUCCGUCGGCCGUCUUUCGGUGGCGGCCGUAAGCCUCCUUGCCUUUUCUUCCCCUCUGGAAGGUGCAGGAACGGUGAUGAGUGUCGCUUCCCUCACAUCAUGAGUGAAACUACUGUUGUCCCCCCUCCCCAUCAAUCCCACCAGCCCUUUGCGGGCCGGGGUGGUCGGUUUCGUCCCCCGCCCUUCAUGAAUGGCAAUGCCGCUGGCCCGGCGGCAAUCGAGGACAAGCUGGCGGCGAUGACUUUGAAUGAUGACAGCGUCCCCGGUCGUCAGGAGAGCGUGGACAGCACAACUCCUCCUGAGGUCGCUGCGAACCGUGUUCGCCCACCUACAGGUCCAAAACAGUCUAACCAUGCUGCCCAUGGUGCACGUCCUGCCAGGCCGGCCGUGAUACCCAAACAGCGCGUGCCCAACGCCGAUGAAUUCCCUGUCCUCGGGGGUUCGACGACCCCUCCUUCGCGAAGCCCGGCAACAAACGGACAUGCCAAUGGGUACUCGGGCCCCACUGCAGCUCAAGUCCUGCAGGCCCCUCCGCCGGCGCGCAAAGACAGCACCAAGGGCUCUUCGCGCAGCGAAACCCCGGACUCUCUCCAUGCGGCUCAGACCUCAAAGCCCGCUUCUGAGGCAGUCCCCGUCGCUCACCAGGACCACGUGAACAAGCUUCCAGUUUCGUUUGCCGCGGUCGCCACCGGGGCACCAGACGCCUCCAAGGAGGUCUCUGUCUCGGCAUAAAAUGGCUAUCUAGCCUGCCCUUUGUUUUGCUCGAUGUCUUGCCUAGACAUUGCAUCUCUUCCGUACUUUUUUUACGCAUUUUUUUUCUCCCGAUCUGGGUAUCGCGUUUCUUCUUUCGUUUUCAAUUCUUCGGUUUUUCCAAAAUUUCAACGUCUAUAUAUCUGUUUUCGGUGCUUCUCCACACAUAUAUUCUCCGACUCCAUUUCCUCUGCUUUCCUUCCUCUGUUGUCUCCCGCCCUGCUUACCUCGAUAAACCAACCUCUAGCAUGUCACGGACCCUGACUCCGUCCCUCAGCAUCAAGAUCGUCAUGUCUCACUGUGCAUCUCUGUCCACAUAUGCCUGUUUAGAUUCAUACUCUCUCUAUUCUCCCUGUCUAUCGUGUUCUGGUCUACAUAAAGGCUAUUUACGCUACUAACUCAUUUCUUGUGAUACUUGGCUUUCGUAUCAUAUGUGCCUGCAGCAGUUUCCUCUGUGCUUUUUUUACUUGUUAUUUUCCACGCCUUGCCUUGCUUUGCCUCGGCUUCUUGUCACGCGCUUCCUUUCCCCAAAAAAUAGCAUGGGUCUAUGGGUUGUACUGGUUUUCAUCACCCGCGUCGAUAGACAAACGGUAGAUAGUGCAAUAUGAAUAUGUGGCUGUG